CCUAGAUCUGUAAACUUUUAUGGUGAAAAGAUGUUAUAACACAACCUUAUAUGGUUGCCUAAAUAUAUAAGCUAUAAAAUCUCGCAAAAUGAAGUAGAAAUUGACAGCAAGUGUCCUGGAGGGUCACGUUAUUAGGGUUCUGUAACACUAUUUAGGCGCGAAAUUACACUUUUUAUUCCACAACACGUUAUUAUAACAUGACCAUAAACUAGAGUCAACAUACAUGUAGCGUUAAUCCGUGUGUUUUUCCAGUCAUCUGCCUGUACAGCUUGUCUCAUUUAGUCGCCUAAUUUUUUCUUUAUUCACUGUCCCACACGAGUUUUACGUCGCAGUACUGCUCUAUAAUGUGAGAUUAACAGAUGUUGGAUUGGCGAACUUAUACAUCAUUACGUGGAAAAGAAAGUAUUGACUAAAACUGUCUGUUUACAGUGAUUUAGUCAUUGCCUACGUUAAGCUUUUCCUUCUUAAACUACCAUGUCAUCAACAUUGGAUCAUUUGAAAAAACAUACUAUUAUCGUAGCGGACACUGGAGAUUUUAAUUCUAUUAAAAAGUAUUUACCAAUUGAUUCAACAACAAAUCCAUCUCUAAUAUUAUCUGCAUGCAAAUUACCACAAUAUUCACACUUGUUAGAUUCUGCUAUUCAAUAUGCUAAGAAAGAAAAACAAACAUUAAAUGAGCAAAUUGAAUUAGCAUUAGAAAGAAUAUUUGUAUUAUUCGGUUGUGAAAUAUUGAAAAUUGUACCAGGACGUGUAUCUACUGAAGUGGAUGCUCGUUAUUCAUUCAAUGUACAAAAACAAAUAGAAAUAGCAUGUCGUCUCAUUUCAAUGUAUGAAGAAUUAGGAUUUUCUAAAGAACGUAUACUUAUUAAAUUAAGUUCUACAUGGGAAGGUAUAAAAGCUGCAAAAAUAUUAGAAUCACAAUAUGGUAUUCAUUGUAAUUUAACAUUAAUGUUUUCAUUUUAUCAGGCUAUAGCUUGUGCUCAAGCUAAUGUUACAUUAAUUUCACCAUUUGUUGGACGUGUACUAGAUUGGUAUAUAACUAAAUAUGGUAAAAAAGAAUAUACUAGACAUAAUGAUCCUGGUGUUAAUUUGGUUACUCGUAUUUAUAAUUACUAUAAAUCUCAUGGUUAUAAAACACAGAUAAUGGGUGCAUCAUUUAGAAAUGUUGAACAAAUCCUUGGUUUAGUUGGAUGUGAUUUGUUAACAAUAUCACCUAGUCUAUUAGAAGAAUUAAGUAAAAUGUCAGAAGUGCCCAAUUUAUGCUUGACUGUUGAAAAAGCUCAAACAUCUUAUGAUCAUUCUUAUCAAUCAGAUGAAUUAUUAACCGAAGAAGAAUUUCGUUGGCAAAUGAAUGAAGAUGAAAUGGCUAAUGAUAAAUUAACUGAUGGUAUAAGACGUUUUACUAAUGAUGCAUUAAUCUUAAAAGAUUUAAUUAAAACACGUAUAGAACAAUAAUAAUAAGAAGAAUAAUAAUCAUAGAGAUAAUAGAUCUAAUAAUAGAUCAUAGAUGAAUCAAAUUGAAUUCUCAUGUUUUCUAUACGUGAUCAUUUUCAAUCCGGCUUACUUAACAUUCAUUUAAAUGAGAAAUCAUUUAUAUCUUUUCAAUUCAAUAUACAUUGAUCAGCAUGAUUUACGCAUAUUAGUAUUAAGUAUUUUAAUUAAAAUUCAUUUAUUUCC